GGUUGGGCUGCUGAAUUUCGAGAUAAAGGAAUUGCUGCAAAUGCUCUUUGGCCAUUAACAGUAAUAGAGACGGCUGCUCUUAAAAUGCUAGAUCCAGACUAUGGAAGUGAUUCAAGAACCCCAGAAAUAAUGGCUGAUGCUGCACAUAUAAUUCUUACCAAAAAUUCAAAAGAAUUCAGUGGUAAUUUUGUAAUUGAUGAAAUAAUUUUACGCGAACAUGGUCAGACCGAAUUUGAUCAUUAUGCUACUAGACCUGGUGGUAAAGAUAUGACUAUUGAUUUAUAUAUUGAUGAUGAGAUAAUUAAUCUAGCGAAAGCGUUGAAAGAAGCGAAAUCAUAUAAUAGAAAUUCUAAACUAUAA